GACAAAUCAACGUAUACACAGUAUAAUGGAUCACAAUAAGGGAGGCUACCCACAGCCAGGCGGAUACCCCCCACAGCAAGGUGGAUAUCCUCAGCAAGGACCCUAUCCACCACCGUACUCUCCAACCAAUGCUGGUUAUAAUCAACAACCUUAUGGAGUUAGCCAAACACCAAAUGUUGUAGUUGUAGGUGACGGCCAUCAUCACCACCAAACUAUCGUUGUAGAAAGACAAGGUGUUAAUCAUGUACUUCAUUUCUGUAUCAGUUUAUUUUUCUGGCCUUGGGUUAUUGUUUGGAUUAUAUUGUGUAUCACAGAUGAGUCACACUAAGUUGUGAUAAUGGUUACUAUCAAAAUAUAUAUUUUCCCUCCUGAUAGCAUCCUAUUCUAGCUAUACGUAGUACUUUUCAAAAUUAAAAUCUGACCUCGGUACCUGUUUAAUUCAAUAAGAAGGACGUUAAUGCUGUCUUCGUGCAAAUCCAUGCCCCUACAACGUUUCUUCCUUGUGGAUAUCGCCAUUUUGAAGUCGAUAUUCACGAAUAUUCACGAUAUUGAAUUGUGGUGUCAGAUAAAGUCAGAUUUUAAUUUUGAAGAGUAAAUGAAAUGAAUCAACUGAUAAAGAAUAUGAUUCUUAGAGUGUAUCUCUCUAACAGACAUGGGUUAAUUAUGUUUCCUGAUUAUUUAUUGUACACCUGAAGAGACAUUUUUUACUAGAUCAUUGGCAUGGGAUAAAGAUAGUCUUUAUCAAUAUAAUGGUCAAUUGUCCUUUUCAUAGAAGCUUGAUGAAUAAAAGAAUUGAACUCGUUGUAUAAUAUAUCAAUGUAAAUCGAUGCGUUAAUUUUUCACAACUCACUGUUAUUGUUUUGUUGCUUAUAGUAUUAUUAAAACUAUCUAGAACUUGUAUUUUUACUACAGUGUGGUUAAAAUUGUUGAUUUACUAUCUUGUGAAUUUAGACAGAAAAAUUCAGAUUUUUUCAUAAGCGAAACGGAUUGAUUUAUGUACCGAGAUAGUCUAAUAAAUUGUUAUAUUUUUGUCU